AUGUCAGGCAGUUGGGAUCUUGACAGCCUCAACGUAGGAAACUGGGAAAUCAGUCAAGUCGAGGAUGGUCUGGUCACGGGCCUCCUUCAUGAAACGACGGGCGUUCUUGCUGUGGCGUGGCAUACAGGUGAAGCGGAGUUUCUUGGAGGUAGUCUUCUCGGAUUCAAAUCCACGACGGCACUCUGUGACUGGCUCAAGGGAGAAGCAGACGCGGUUGGAGAACUCCUUGAUGAGGGUCUUCUCGACGGACUCUGGAAUAAUACAAACCUCGUCCUUGAGAAGGAAAGAGCGGUGGAAUUCCUCAACAUCCUCAGUCUCGUAGUUGUCAGCGGUCAUGAAUUCGUUGUCGUUCUCUCCGUCAUUGUUUCCGCAGAGUCCGCAGAGUUGGCUCUUGGAAGAAACAGAAGGAACGUUGGUCUUGAUGGUAUAUCCGUCGAAACGAACUUCUCCUUGUGGAAGACGGAUGACAAUCAGGUUAUCUCCGAGAACUUCGAUUCUGUAAUAACAAUAACAUUGUUGGAUCUUCUUUCCGUCAACCUUGACGACGAAUUCCUCCUCAGUCUUCUUGAUAACAAGUUCUUCCUCACGACGGACAACCUUGACGAUGAGUUCAUCAGAGUUCUUGUUCAUCUUCUUGGAGAGAACAGCAAAAGUUGGUUGCUCAGAGCAGUCCUUGGCAACAAGGGAGAAGCAGGUAGUGAGUGGGGCACGGUAGAUGACGUUGUCGAAGGUGGAGACCUCGGAUUGAUCAACCUUGCAGGAAGCUCCGGUCUUUUCCCAGACUUGUUGGUACAUGGCACGACGAGCGAUGGUUGGAAGGAAUACACGUGGGAUACGGACAUUCUUGAGUUCGACUUGUUGUUGUGGAGUUUGGAUGGUCAUGUUGAUGUAUUGGCGGGAAAGUGGCUCAACGGUGAGUUGGAGAACAGCACGACGUUCCUCAUUCUCGACACGUUUCUCCGAAACAGUCCAGAAGUUGUAAGCCUUGAUAAGGUCGAAGAGACGGGAGAAGGUGUGUUCAGUCUCUUGGGUGAGCUUGUACUCGGAGACAACAUUGAUUUGGUUGAGACGGGCAGCCUUGAUCAAAAGUUCGUAUUCUGGGAUUCCGUUGAACUCGCGUUCCAUGUUGCUGACAGCAAGUUGAACCUCACGGUGUGGUUGCUCACGGAGUUGACGGAGGGAAGAUGGCAUUUGUGGGCGGACAGCAAGAAGUUCGGUGUGAAGAGUCCAUUCCUUGGUCUCCUCGGCAAUUGGGGAACGACGGCAGUCCAUCUCGAUCUUGCACAUACGGACGUAUUGGUCGCAGACAGUGCGGAGUUCGUGGUUCCAGUACAUUUGUUGUGGAGCCUCGAAUUUCAUGGAGAUGAGGUUCUUGUAUCCUUGUUCAGAUUGGAUUUCACGGAUCAUCUUGUCAAAGUAUUGACGGCGCUUCUCAGAUUCAUUGUUCUCCAUAUCGAAUUCCUUCUCGAAGAUCUUGUCGAAUUUGAUCUCAGAAAGAUCAGUCUUCUCCAAGGUUCCGAUAGUGAAACGGGCAACAAACUCAGCUGGACGGUUCUUGUUCUCAAGAGUGUAUUCGAAGUCUUGCUCAGUCAUAAGAACCUUUGGAAGGGACCAUUGAGAGAGGACAUUUCCUUGGGCGUUGAUCUUGAGUCCGAGAACUUCGUAUUCACGGUUAAUCUCUUCGGAAGCCAAUUGGUAUUGUGGGUGAGAGAUAGUCUUCUCCUCGGCUUCAGUGUACUCAGUUUCUUGAUCUCUCUGGACACGAAUGAAAGCGACUGGGCGAGUGUGAACGGCAACAGUGGUCUUCUUGUUCUCUGGGACAACGAACUUGUGGGUGAUCUCGAGGGUGUUCUUCUUGAGCUCAGCAUUCAACUCAAGUCUCAAUGGAGUGUGAACACGGGCGGAUUGAAGAGACUUGACUCCGUGGUCAAGACUGGGGGACCAGAAACGCAUCUCAGUAAUGUGGGUAGAGGCCAUAGAUGGAACAAUAUCAAGAGUGAGACGAGCUCCGAGUUUUUGCAUUUUAACUGA